CAACGUUGUUAUUUCUGAAGGUUCAAUCAUUGAAUGGCGAAUUGAGGCUGUUAAACAGUAACAAAUACGUCAGGUGCUUGACUCUUGUUCACGAAAGACUUUACUGUGGAUGCCACGACACCAGUAUUCAGGAGAUAGAUUUGGAAACAGGAACUGUCAAAUUCAAAGUGGUUCUAAAAGAUUGCUUGGUGAAGCAAAUCACGUUUAUGCCCUGCAGAUUCGUGGUGAAUGUAUCUAUGCAGCCAGUUCUACUUUGGAUGGAGCUGCUAUAAAGAUAUGGAACACGUCCAAUUACAAUAUGAUUGGAUCACUUGUAACUGCAUCAGAAAUGAGGACGAUGGCAAUGAGCUCAGAAUUAAUUUACUUAGGAUGCAAGGGAAGAGCUGUGGAAAUUUGGGAUAGGAAGAAACAGAAUAGAAUUGAUACAUUACAGAUUGGUACAAAAGUUAAGAUUGCUUGCAUGGCUAUCGAAGGCAAUGAAGAAAUUUUGGUGAUUGGAACCUCUGGUGGCCGAAUUCAGUGUCGCGCUGGGAAGUGACAAGCAUUAAACAAGGUUAUUAGCAGAAGUUGAAAUUAAACCGUGGCAGAUACUGUUUUGCUAGCUCAACAACAACAUCAAGAAGAAGAAGUUGGCAAGGGGGAUGUGCUUGAUUGUUAAUAAAGAGUAAAAUACGUCAAACAAAACAAAAUUCCUUCACCAACCACCACCUUCUGAUAUACAAAGGGGAGGGUUAUCUAGGAUUAUGAAGUUUGAAUUUAAAGUGUGAGAGAAGUUGGCCAGGAGAUGUGCUUGCUUGUUCUCCUCCCAGUACACGUGUUUGAUCGCUACUUGCCAAUCCCCAAGGUAAAGAGAUCUUGCUUCUGUCAACAAAAUCAGCAAAGGGAAUUCACCUGUUACAGCCUUCAAGAAUCAAUGAAAUGGCCUCUAUGCAGUCAGUAUAGAGAUGCACUUUUACGAGUCCUUUCAACCAACAAAUAUCAAGACCAUGAAUCAGGCUAGUUAAUUCAGCAAUUGCAAGAGGAUUUGCCACUGAAUCCGCAUGAUGAUUGUCACGCAAGACACCGCCACACAAGGUUCACGUCUCUUGCUUUUAGAGUUAGUAAGGAGUGUGCGCCUACUAAAGAGUUUGCUUUUGCUUUUGCUUUGUUUUUUAAGAAAAACAAAAGACCAACCAUUAAACAUCCAUUCUCUAGCCGUCCAAAUUUAACAAAACCUCAUUUCUGUGAAGCCAAGUAUAAUAAAGCAUAAGCAAGACAAUUUGUAUUGUUCUACUCUAUGGAGGACUUCUCGCUCCCUUAUCUCCUGAUUUCCUUUCAUAAGAAAGCCAGGCAUGGGAUUUGUAUGUGCAUUUUUUUCUUGGCUUUUCUCCACCUUGCCUUAUUUAUCAAAUGCUUCUAUUAUUGCA